UCUAACUCACCCUCCCAUCGUCGCUCUUUCUCCCUCCCAACGCUGCUCAUCACUGUUCAUUUGCAGAUCCUUCUUGCAAUUGUUUGGAUCUUCGAAUCCGUAUGCAUAACUUCGUUCGUUUCUUUGUUUCUCAUUUACUGGGGCUCUUCGACCGUUCACAUCCUAAAGCUCAGUUCGAACUUUGUGCCCAGGGACUUCUUUAAAUUAUGAUUUGGAGUGCCAAUUGUGGACAGAAUUGCAUUCAAGUCGGAAUUGGGGUAUACUAUUUUACUUGUUUAACAACAAACUAUGGAAAGUGACAGGACAACUCAUGCUUCAUCCGACGGGCUCAGUGAUGGUGCCCAGAAAAUAAGAGCACUGCAUGGGCGGACUACUGGCCCUACAAGGCGUUCUACCAAAGGACAGUGGACGCCUGAAGAGGAUGAGAUUUUGCGGAUGGCUGUUCAGCGUUUUAAAGGAAAGAACUGGAAAAAAAUAGCGGAAUGCUUUAAGGAUAGAACAGAUGUACAAUGCCUUCAUAGGUGGCAAAAAGUCUUGAAUCCUGAACUGGUCAAAGGUCCAUGGUCCAAAGAGGAAGAUGAAAUCAUAAUUGAUUUAGUGAAUAAAUAUGGGCCAAAAAAGUGGUCAACCAUCGCACGGCACCUACCUGGACGCAUCGGUAAACAAUGCCGAGAAAGGUGGCAUAAUCAUCUUAAUCCUGCUAUAAACAAGGAAGCGUGGACUUAUGAAGAGGAGCUGGCUCUAGUACGUGCUCAUCAGAUUUAUGGGAACAGAUGGGCAGAAUUGACAAAGUUCUUGCCUGGAAGGACGGACAAUGCUAUAAAAAAUCACUGGAACAGCUCAGUAAAAAAGAAAUUGGAUUCAUACUUGGCAUCAGGUUUGCUUGCUCAAUUCCAAGAUGUACCCCUUGUUGGACAGUCAAAUCAACCGGUAGUUUCUACCUCUUUGAGGCGGCAGUGUAGCGGAGAUGAUAAUGGUUAUAAGGGCCCUGAAGGAGAGGAAGUUUCUGAGUGUAGCCAAGAGUCAGCCAAUGUUAGUUGCUUCCCAUCUGCUAGAGAUAUGACCAAUGUUGUAUUAAAUACUACAGAGGAACUAAAGCCAGGUGAAGAUAUCAGUCUGGGAAAGGAGCACAGUCCUAGUCAGGCAUCUUGUCUAGAGCCAUAUUGCAUAUCUCUGGAUGACGUCACAAUAUCCAUUCCGGACGUUGCUCAUGAAGAUGCUUCUUGUUCUGAUUUCAUUGAGCAAACAUACUCACAUGAUCCUGGAAAUUCUGCAAGCAGGGAUGCUCAGUUUACUUUUCAUGCCGUCCCUAACAUUUCUUCAUCAGACUUGGAUCAAGAAUGUUCACUUCUGCGAAGGGACAGCGCGGAUUGCGUUGAAAGCCAUAAUAUUGCAAGUGUUCCAUUGCAUACGUCAGUGGGAUCAGGUAUUUCAACAUCCAUGGGACCCCCGUCUAUGGAUCCUGCGAAGCAAGACCACUUGUUAUUAUCUAAUGAAGAAUGUUAUAGAGUCCUAUAUUCAGAGGCAAUAAAUGAUGGGUGCUUUUCUUCGGAAGAUUAUAACCAAAAUGUUAAUACAGUUUCAUCCGGAUGCAUUUCAUUAUUUGGCCAAUCAUCUGACCUCCAUAUACCUGAGACGGGCGGCACCUCGACUUCAUUCCAGACUUGUCCCGUAAAAUCUAAUGAUUUAAUAGGAUCUUCAUGCUCUCAAUGUCCGGUGCUUUCUGCUAAUGACGGUAGAUUAGUGUAUACAGCUGAAGCCAACCAUCUAUUUGGAGUUGAUGAUCUGCCAUUCGUCUCCAGAGCUCAGGAUAGCUUCAUUUAUAUUAACAACUCAUCCAUUGCUCCCUGUACGGAUGCUAUAAAUAGUGGAGAAAUACACAAGGGACAAGAUACUGUGAAUGAUGCUUCAAGAUUGGUGCCUGUAAAUACAUUUUGCAGCGCAUCAGAUGCCAAACGCACUUUUUGUCCAAUGGAAGAAAGGACAGAUGUGCAAUUAGAACAAUUAGAGACCGGAGCUCUAUGCUAUGAACCGCCUCGAUUCCCAAGUUUGGAUAUUCCUUUCUUAAGCUGUGAUCUUAUACAAUCAGGAGGGGAUAUGCAACAAGAAUUUAGUCCACUGGGUAUCCGCCGGCUUAUGAUGUCAUCUAUGAACUGUCCAACUCCCCUGAGGCUGUGGGAGUCACCUUGUCGUGAUGAUAGCCCCGAUGCUUUGUUGAAAAGUGCUGCUAAAAGUUUCACAGGUACACCGUCCAUAUUAAAGAAACGACACCGAGACUUGUUGUCGCCUCUAUCGGAUAAGAGAAUCGACAAGAAACUUGAAACUGACUUGACGUCCACGUUGGCUACGCAUUUUUCACGUUUGGAAGUCAUGUUUGAUGAUAAUGAGACUCAGGAAGCAGAUAUGAUUUCUCAGCCUUUAAUGGAGAAAGAGAAAUAUGGAGCAACUGUUGAGGAUACCGAAAAUCAUGGACAAUCUUUGAAAGGAGAACAUGCAGAGGGAAGAAAUGAAUCUACACUAAGCAACAAAAGGUCAGAAAAAGAGACAGCUGACAGCGAUCCUCAGGAUUUCCAGCGACCUUCUUACGAUGAUUCGAAGGUGAAGGUUGAUUGUGACGUUGAUAGGGCUGCUGAGAAUGUGCGACAACCUUCUGGAGUCUUAGCUGAACAUGAUAUAAAUGAUUUGCUACUAUAUUCUCCUAAUCAAAUGUGUUUUAAACCGGACAGAACUCAAUGUUCAAGUGCUAAAACUCCCAAAAACCUGAACGACAGAGGUUUGGAAGCAUCUUUAAAUAAGAGCAUUUCUUCAAAUCCAUGCUCAAGCGAUAGCUCCCCUUCUGGUCGUGUAAAAAAUCAUGACGUUUCUUCAUUUUCGGUUACUUGUGCAUCAUCUCUUUGUUCAUCAGUACCUGCCGAGACUCUUGGUGAUCAUCCUGGACAUGAUGCUGGUUUUGACCCUUUUAGCAUAUUUGGCGGAACACCUUUUAGAAGAAGCAUUGAAUCACCUUCUGCAUGGAAGUCUCCCUGGUUCAUGAACACUUUCUUGCCUAGCCCCAGACUUAAUGCUGAAAUAACAAUCGAGGAUUUUGGGUAUUUCAUGAGCCCCAGCGAUAGGAGCUAUGAUGCGAUUGGGUUGAUGAAAGAGGUGAAGGAACAAACUGCUGCUGCGUAUGCUAAUGCUCAGGAGAUUUUGGAGAGUGUAACUCCCAAAGCAAAAGAUUCAUCCGGAAAUGUCACGGAAUCGGACCGGGAAAGCAAGGAUAAUUUUGAUCAGCUCGUGAAUCGUUCUCAGGUCCCCCGAAUGGCUUUGGUAGAGCGACGCAUGCUUGAUUUCAGUGAGUGUAAAACACCAGGGAAGGAGGGCAGCAGCAAAGGCUCUGCUCAGACCUUCUCAAGCCCUUCGUCGUAUUUGUUGAAGGGAUGUAGAUAGCUGCUUGUUUAUAGUCAUAGCGACAGCCCCCGGUCGAGUUUCCAAUUCUUGUAAUGAUAUAUAUACAUAUAUAUAUAUAUAUAUAUAGUAUGUAAUUUUUUUGAAAUUUUUUGGCCUUUGCUUAUACAGCAAUCAGACAUCAUUCGUGGCGUAAAAGAAAAUAAUCUUGCUUGUCGGUUUAUGAUUUUCCUAAUCUGUAACUUCCGUAAUGAGAAGACUCAACAUGAUUCAGAUUUUUCUGUGGUUUGAACCUCUUGUCCUGUCA